GUUGCCAAGACGCUCGAACCAGCCGCCGGGACAGACGCGCGUAGGGGCGGGGCGGGCCCCGGAGCAUCUUUUCUCUGGACCCGGCUUCGGGGCUGGCUCUAAUGACUGUGGCGGGAAAGUGGGCACGCUGGGAGGACGUCGGGAAGGGGCAGAAGAGCGAGCCGCUGACCAUUGUAGGCUUGAGGCUGGGAGUGGAGACGCUAUGGUCCCCAGGAGGGCGAGCCGAGCGGGCAUCCCGAGGGCAGGACUUCCACAGCACGAGAAUGAGUAAAGUGCGUUCCUCCCCCCACCGGGAAAAAGCAGGGUGCCGACCCACUGCAGAACUGGCUGCCAAGGCCUCUGCGGCAGCCCAGGAGGGGCCGCUCGGAGCUGGACCGGCGGGGACCCGGCCGUGGUGCGACUCCCCGGACUGCUGGGCAUCGCCGACACCCGUCGAGCGAAGAAGCGAGAAAGUGCGAAAACUUACCGCCCCGAGACACCCUAUCCUCAAGUUGUCGACCCCAGACAGUACAGCUCACUCCUUGGCACCCGCCCUCAGUAAACUACGCCUCGACCUUGGGGAGGAAGACUCGGAAUCCGCGUGCAAGUUUAAUGAGGACUUGGGUAGUUCCCUUACACCGUAUCUUAGUUUAAUAAAUGAUGUUUUCAAGACAGAGACGCUAACAAAGGCAGAGAUGAAACUUAAAAAUACGACGAUAGCAGAACUUAUGAAGCUGGACAAGCAAAUAAAACAAUCUCAAGUCCAGCAAGAACCGCUAAUGGAGGAAAGCAGGCAGCUACACACUGAAAAGUUAAAUGUCCAGGCUGAAAAUAAAUUCUUUCUGGAAUACCUGACUAACAAAACUGAGGACUAUAGAAGGCAAGCUGAGAUGCUGUGGAAGAGCUAUGUACAAAUAGUUGGGGAUGCUGAAGAAAAAAGACAAGAAUCAGUCUCCAAAUAUGCAAAACAAACAGCAAUGCUUGAAAGGGAGCUCCUGCAGAGUGAAGGGAUUCAACUUAAUUUGAAGCUGAAGUUGCAGACAAUGAGAGACCUUUUGAUAUUAAAGGAGAAACAGGACAGAGAAAUAGAGACAUUGCAGGAGAAGAAAAAGAAAACCCAUGCCGAAACACGUGAAAAAAUACAGGAAAGUCUGGUCCCAUUCUUCCAGGAAAAAGCAAUACUGGAGAAACAACUGAGUGAGCCAGACAUGAGGCAGUUUGGGAAAAGAAAAAGAAAACCUAACAGUUUCCGAGCAAUACAGUCGGCAGCAAAGCAGCACAGUUUUGAGUUCCAUUGUGGCAUCAUCAGAGAGAAUCUGCAGUUACAGAAAGAAUUACUGCAGCUAAUGGAGCAAAGCCAGAAGUUGGAGGUUACUCAAAACAAGUUAAACACUAAGAAGCAACAGCUGCUGCAGGAACAGUGAACUUGAAAAACAUCAUAUCCAAGAAAAUUUGAAGCCCUAGUCGCUGUAAAAAAAAAAAACUAGGAAAAUAGUUCUUUAGGUUGAUAAGGAGUCAAACAGAAGGGAUCUACAAUCUUUCUUACUAUUCUGCUGUUAAUUCCUCUCCUGCUACUGCUGUCCUGAUUAUCUCUAUCAGGAGUGAUUAACUUUCAACUCAUCUCAGUAUAUUUUUAAUUCCUAUUAUCCCACGUAAUGGAUCUAAAGUACUGCUCGAGGAUGUGUCUUCAGUGAGGCUGUGGGAGUUGAACACCUUAGAGGGUGAAUAAUCUGAUGCACAUACUUUGAAAUCCUUACAUGCAAGUGAGCAGUAGGUUGGCCAACUAGUAUCUCAAUCUACCUUUUUGUUUGCUUUGCUAUGAACAUUAAACUGGUGAUGUUAUAGAAAGUGUGUUUAGAUGAAAAAGACCUCUGAGACUGAAAUCUGAAUCAUAAAAAGAAGCCUACAGUGCAAAACCUGGCAAAGACCUUUUCGGGCAGAGAGAACAGUGAAUCAAAAGGCCAUUUGAAAUGGGGAUGAGCUUAGUAGCUUCAAGGAACAGGAAAAUUAAUGUGGCUAAAGAGUAGCUGGAGACUAUGGAUGGGACAGAGGAAGAAGCUGAAAAGGUUAGCACAGGAGCACAGAGAGUGUUCCUUGGAGGACAAGGUAAAGGGAGCAACUUCUAUCUUUACUUUUAUUUAUCUAUCUAUUGUUCUAAGUGCAGUGGAAAACCAUUAGGCUUUUAGAAGGUGAAUGAGGUCUGGCUUACAAUUUUAAAACUCAUUACAACUGUUAUGUGGAGUGUGUCCAAGCCAGUAAAAAGCAGAAGAAAACCUAUUAGGAAGCUAUUGCAGUAUAGGCCAGUGAUGAUGGUUAGCCUGGGAUGCUGGUUCAAUAGAAGAAAUGAACAGAAGAGGGCCUCCCUGGUGGCGCAGCGGUUGAGCGCUGGAUUGCAAAGCUGCCCGCAGCCUCUGCAGCACUGGUUCGAUCCCUGGCUGCUCCCGGUCCUACAUGGCGCGCAGACCUCUUCUGCCGCCUGCUGCUCCCCUCAGCAGUGUGCUUCAGUCCUUCUGCCUGCUCUGCUCCCCGCUCUGACUCUGGUGAAUUCUCUCACCCUCCCGCACUUCUGACUGUACCCAGUGCUUGUAUAAAUAAAUAAAUAAAUCUUAAAAAAAAAAAAAA